GAAAGAAAAAUAAACAGGAGUAGAACCAGAGGGAUCGAAGAAUGGCAGAGAAUGAGGGAAAAGUAAAGCUUCUAGGGUGUUGGGCAAGCCCUUUCAGUCGUAGGGUCGAGAUGGCUCUCAAACUCAAAGGCAUACCGUACGAAUACUUGGAGGAAGCCUUGCCCAACAAGAGCCCUUUGCUUCUUGAGCUUAACCCGAUUCACAAGAAGGUUCCGGUUCUUGUACACAACGAUAAAAUAUUACCCGAGUCACAUCUAAUCCUCGAGUACAUCGACCAAACAUGGAGUAACAAUCCAAUUCUACCUCAAGAUCCCUACGAGAAAGCCAUGGCUCGAUUCUGGGCCAAAUUCAUCGACGAGCAGAUUCUUACUGUAGGAUUCAGGUCUCUAGUAAGAGCAGAGAAGGGGAGAGAGGCUGCUAUUGAAGAGGCUCGAGAAAAGUUUGCGUUUCUUGAGAAGGAAGUCACUAGAAAAAAUUUCUUCGGUGGCAAGACAAUCGGAUUUGUGGACAUGGUCGCAGGAAGUAUAAUCCCGUUUUGUUUGGCUCGUCUUUGGGAAGGUAUGAGAAUAGAUGUGAUUCCAGAGGACGAGUUUCCAGAGCUAAACAGAUGGAUCAAAAAUCUGAAAGAUAUUGAGAGCAUGAGGGAAUGUAUACCUCAUAGAGAGAAACAAAUUGAGCACAUGAUGAAAGUUUCCGAGCGAUACAAAUUGGCCUAGAAGAGAAGAUCAUCGUAUUUCUGAAAUGUUUACUAUAUAUAUAUGCUUGCAUGGCUUUGUUCUUUAAACGUUUAAAUAAAAGUGGAGUGUAGCUCGUACUGGCAGUAGACACUUUUGAAUGAUAAUGAUAUCUUAAAAGGUUGACAAUAUAUUAUAUGUUUGUACUGUGAUUUG